CCCGCGCGGCGGCGGGAGCUGCGGGCGGGAGGAAGAGGCUUCGCCUCAGGGCGGCCGGCAGCGUCGAGGCCGGGGGAGGUGGGAGAGGGCCCCGCGGCUUCCUCUGUGCUCCCUUCCUCUCUCGGAGCGGGGUGGCAGCCUCCAGGCGGCUGUGCCGGAGCUGCAGGGUCGGGAGAAGCGGUGGCUGAAGGACCCUACGCCGAAACAAAUCGUUGAGGGGCCGGAACCGAUGUUGUUGCGGGCCCCCUCCCUCCCUCUGCGCCCAUGGCCGGCGCGGGGAUGGCCCCUGCGGACCCCAGGGUGCUGGCUUUGGCUGUUCAGGUCACUGAGAGCAGAGAACAGGACAUCCCUCUGCUGCUGCUGGAGCUAAAGGAAAUUUUAAACAGUGCUUUCUUGGGAUGUGAAGAAUCCAGAAAGAUUAAACAAGAUAUAUACAGUUAUGAUCUUACUCGGUACUGUAUGCUGGUCCUUAGGCAAGACCACUCUCGACUGCGUGGAGGCUGGGCUACUGCUGCCCAGCUAGCAGAGAUACUAAGUCAUUGUUGUGUAGGACUAGAAGUGAAAGAAGAUCCUGAGGAAUUUUACACUAAAUUCCUUCCUUCGGCUAUAGACAACCUGCUGUUUUUGGGAAGACGCUUACAAGCCCGAUUUAUCCGAGCAAUCAAGGAUAAAGAAAAACAAGAUUUUUUACGCUGGUUCCGACUAGUAACUGAUGCCAUCUGCUGGCUGUUCGGUGGGCACAUUCAACUAGCAGCGUGUGUACUGCAAAAUGAUCACUUCCUGCAGUUGUUAGUGACAGACGAUGUUGAAACAGCAAUUAUAAUGAUGUCUGUUUUGCACAGUGUUUUGAAGGUCAACGGUUCUGUCUUGCUCCAGGUUGAUGAAAAGACCCUUCACUCUGUUUUGGAUGAACUUGUUUAUAGGCUUUCAUCUACCACCAAUCCUGUUAUAGGAAGUGCUGCUACGAAACUGCUCUUGUUGGUGGCAAAAUUCUGCAAGCAGCUUGUGAAGUUACUCACUGCUCGCUACAAAGGAUUAAAAGGGCUUUUAAGUAAACAGUGGACUGGUAAAGGAUUUGACAAGGAGCUCAGUGAGCUCUUGGACCUGCUGCAGUUGGAACAACCCAAUGGAAAAGGAAAAAUGCAGAAGCAGCAUCAAGCAGCUUGUAUAAUCCAGGCUAUGUGGAGAGGAUUUCAGACAAGGAAAAGGCUGAGAAAACUGCCCCAAGCAGUGACCACUUUACAGAGAAGCUUCAGAGCUAAACGGGAACAGGAGCUGCAGCAUUUAAAAAAGCAGAAGGAAGACGAGGAUCUAAAACUGCAAAUGCAACUUCAGAGACAGAGAGCCAUGAGACUCUUCCAUGAACGACAGCUGGCCCUACUGGAAAUAAUCCAUGCCAGUCAGGUAAACAAGUACAUGGAGGAAAUGGAGGAGAAAUCAGCAUUAACUAUCCAGAGAUUCUGGCGAGGGUAUAGCGCAAGAAGAAAAUUUCAUCAACAGAGACAAUCUCUUAAGGAGUAUAAAGCAGCUGUUGUUAUUCAGAGAGCAGCUUCUAAAUUCUUGGAAAAACGAAGAAGCAGGAGACCAGUCUCUCCUUGGAAAGAUCCCAAGGGACUGACUGAUGAGCAGAGACUAGGUUUGCAGCAGAAGGUGGAUGACUACAUCAGAUUGCAUCCGGCUUCCCAAAUGUCAGAAGAAAUGAGUAAGGAAUUGCAUACACAGGCCCAGGAAAAGCUGGCACAGUUCCUGUUGAGGAACAGACUGGAUCAGAGAGCAGUGCAGCGGAGAGAGGCGUUACUGGCUCAGGUCAACACUGAUGUGGAGCUGCUAAUGAAUGCUCCAGGGUUAUCAGAGACCACUGAAAAAGAUCUUGAUGUCUUCAUGAGUCGAUCAGUCCCUGUAGCUACCAAGGCAAGACAAUCACACAACGCUAUGCUGAAAUAUAAUUCCUGGCCAUGGUGGAAGAAGCUUGGAGACGAGUUUGUGGAGGAUGAUGCCAUUCCUGAUGAUGCCCUAAAUGCAGAACUGGAAACUCUAUUUAUUGGUGGAAGGAAAUCCUCUUAGGUUCUCUCAUACAAUACGCAGGACAUGGUGCUGGUGAUUUAUUUCACUGCAGCUCUUUCUGAGAUAAAAUACUCCUGCAUGAGUAGUGGGAACAGACAUAGACAGCUGAACAGAAGCCACCUCCAGCCUGCUACCAGGUGAACAGUCUGGGUUUCAUAAUCACCCAGAAAAAGACUGUAUGAGACACUCUGAGCUGAGAUGGGUCCAGUCCUGCUCCUGCUUGUCUGCUUGCCACAGACCUCAGGCAUGCCCAGAAAGCUGGGAGCUGUAAUGUGAACAUAAAUGUGCCACAUGGAUGGUUUAGCGAGGUAGGAAAAAGGGGCAGAAUUGAGUCAUGCCCAGCAGGUCUGGGCUGUGCCACUUUGGAUACCACGCAGGUCCUGGCAGCCUCUGGACAGACCCUGCUGGCAGCAGAGGAAUCGCGGGGGUGCCGUCCCCCACUGCUGAAGUGACAAAGUUGGGGGGCACGCUGUGACAUGAGGAGGGGGAGAAGUGAAGUUGGAGCUGCAAAGGCAGUGGCAUUCAAGUCAUUAAAUAUUGACGCAGUCUAAGCUGGCCUGUGGGGGCGAUUGAGCUGAAUUGCAGGUUUCUGUUGCUGUGAUAAAUUGGACCCAUUUGUCAUGUGGUUUUGCUUCUUCCCUCCUUUAAGUAAAGCUAUACAGGAGUGUUAUUGCUACAGCUUCAGCAGCAGGAAAUGAUCUGGAAAACAAAAUCCUUUGAUGAAUAUGGAUAAAAAAGAAGGGACAGCAACUGUUCUCCUGCUGAAGGUGCCACCAGAGUCAUGGAGCAGGAAGAAGGCAGCAAAAGGAACAAAAAACCACUCCUUUUGCCCUUUCAGAGGCAGACACAAAGCAGUGUCUUCUGCUGGCUCCUGCAGUUGAGGAAAAUUCCUGUUGAUGCAGACAGAUACCAUUUUUUUCCGCUUUAGCUGUAACUGGACUCUGCAAACAACAGGAUGCUCAUCUCCAGCAGAGACCCAGGCAUGCGCUUGAGACUACGCUGCUGAGUCCAAGGGCGUCUCCUGGCCUUUCAGACUGGCUGUAACAGGAGCUCUGAACCAAAGACAGGAGAUAACCCUGAUGUUAUUUCGCCUUUUGCCUCCGAAUAUUCUACUGCUGAUUUCCAUGGGAGCAGAAUCUGGUACAAACAUCUGCUCUCCACUGCAUCAUGUAUAUCAAGUACAAGGAGAAAUUGAAGCUUUCUCCAAGUAGCAGAAUCGGGGCUAUUUAUAAAUUAGUAUGCAUCAGAGGAGGAGGCAUCGCUUUGCAGGGGGAGCUGUAAAGAUGAUUGCAAUUGGUCUCCAAGUUCUCUUUAUCAUCCUUUGUAGCACAGAAAGACCAGGCUGUCCUCCAGGAAUCCAUGCAUACAGUGAAAAACUCUUUAAUAAAGAGACUGUUUACUAAAGGAGCGAUACACUGGCCCAGAUUUACCAAGUGAAUUAAUAGACAGGUGUCUCCCAUCCCCUCCUCCCUGCCCUGCCUGAAGGCUGAGCUGAGUUCACUCUGGCUGCCUUUUUAGGACAGAAGAGCAAAGUCUGGCAGGUGAGGACCAAGGUCAGGAUGACGCAGCUCUGGCAGUUUUUCCCAGCUGUGCUGGAGAAUUCCACUGUGACCUUGAGCACAUUUUGUCCCUGCUUCUGUCUUCUCCCCUCUCAGAUGAGGCUUACCGAGGAGGUUUUGUAUGUUGCAUUUGUAAUUUGUUUUAAGGGCCUCAGUGAAGGAUGUGAGCCCAGUGCUACCAAAAUGCCUUUCUGCUGAGGUAAAAUGGGAGUUUGACAGGCCACCGAAAGAAAAGAUGUUUGUAUAAUCAGAUGUUGAACCCAUAGAAAGAGCUCUGGGUUGCCAUGCUGUUCAUUUCUCUCCAGGGAAGUGAUGGAUUCCUCUACACUGCACACUUUUGAGGCUCAGCUUGACAGGAUUCUGAGCCAUCUCGUUUAACCUAAAAGGUUGGACCAGAUGAUCCUUGAGGUCUCUUCCAAGCUGGCAUUCUGUGAUUCUGUGUGAUUCUCUGAAUUCAGCUUUUCUUUGCAGAAUUUAGUUUUUUCCUGAUUAAUUUAAUUACAGAAUCAUGGAAUUGUUUAGGUUGGAAAAGAUCUUUGAGAUCAUCAAGUCUGACAUAAAUCUAACAUCCUAAAACAGAAACAAUGUCUUCGUGUAUGUUUGAUCGCUUAAUAAACCCAUGAAAGCAAGAAUUCUGA